AUUACGAGUGAGUAUGCGGACGCUUAAUAUUCUGCAACAAAGAUUUUAAAAUAAUAGUCCGAAAAAGUUUUAAUACCGUUUUUACUAGUAAAGAUAUUUGGUUACGGUGUAAAAUAAUUUAUGUAAAAUACUACAUAACGAUAUAAGUUACCAUUAAAAUUGAAUUCAAAAUCUGAGAACAUGUUUGCGGUGUCUUGUGUCUGUUAUUGAUUUAUUUUAUUUAUAAAAACUAUAUAUUUAGGAAUGUAGAGUUAAAGUCCGUUAAAUCUACAAAUGGACAAUAAGGAGAAAAUAAAGCGGGUGCAUUAAAAAUGAGAAUGUGCUCAAAAUGAAAACUAAAAGUUUCUUGGUAUUUUCAACGUCUGUAUUCGCGAUCAGCAUAUUCCUGAUAGUAUUUCAUUCGCAGCCUCCACAGUCCAUACAGAGUAUUGUCACACAGACACAUCAACACAUCAAGGACUUUCAGGUGGUUUUGUCCCAGGAGAAUCUCCGGGAUGUGGAAGAGAGCAACCUCGUCCAAGAGGACAGGUACGAAAAGUUGGUCGGCCUUGGAAGCCACGUGGAGCCCUGGAAGAACUGCACCAAGCCUGUGCUUCUGACUUACGCUCGCGGCGACCAACACGCGCAAGUCGUGGGCUUCGUGCGAGCCGCUGCCAAACUACCUUAUACAAUACUACUAUACAACCUGGGUCUUAAAUCUUAUUCAUUGACAGUGGUAUCGAACUAUUGCAAUUCUUCAAAGUGCGCCAUCAUCGACUUCGACUUGGACGCCUUUCCGUCGCACGUCAGUGACGAGAGCAUAUACGCGUUUAGGCCUCUCAUCAUACAGCACGCGUUGAGCCGCGUCGGCGGGGUGAUAUUCAGCGAGCCGUCACUCCGCUGGGCGGGCUCGGCGGGCGCGCUGGGCGGCGUGUGGGAGCGCGCGCGCGCGUCCCGCGUGGGCGUGGUGGCGUGGCCGCGCCGGGCCGCCGUCACCUCGCUCACGCACCCACGCAUGUUUCACUACUUCCACGCGGACGUCGACGACUUCCUGUUCGUGCAGAUGCUGGACGUCUCCAAGCUGGUGGUGGCCGAGACGCCCGCCCUUCCGGACGUGAUGCGGCCCUGGAUCCAGUGCGCGCUCACCGUCGAGUGCAUCAUGCCGAUCGGAGCGCAGUCCGCGGGCUGUCGGUUCGACAAGAAGCCGCAGUACAGGUACUCGGGAUGUCACGGCCAGGACGCGUCGGCGCUCAGCAUCGUGCUGGGACUGCGAGCAGGGUUCGAGGAGGCUCAGUACGCGGGGGGCCGGGCCGCCUGGCGCCGCGAGACUGACGAGGAGGCUCGGCGGGCGCUGUCCGUGCUGCGGAGGAACGCCAGCCUGGCCGACGACACCACCCAGCGCACCGCCGACUGAUCACCCGACCACGUCCCACUUCUUACUACUUUAUGUUUGUUCCGCAACAAACUGCUCCCCUAGGACGAUUGCUUAUAAUUUAGAUAAAGUGAUCUGUGAUAUGCAUUGAGAUUAAACAUUCUUCAGUCGCGGUGCUCCUCUGCGCACCAAGCCUUCAUCACGUUGACAAUGUUUUCGCUCACCUCGGGACCUUCUAUGUUUUAUAGACUUUAAUGAAUCGAUAAAUCUUAAUACGCGUCGUUAUAUGCACACGACGUGUCUUUUCGAAUAACUUAUCUAUCUCUUUCUCGCCGGCCUAAGUGUUAAAAGGUUCUGUAACGCGCAGAACGCGCGAGACGCCUCCUUUCUACGGUCCUUGAGGAGGAAACUUAGCGAACAGUUUGAUCGCGUAGAAAAAUAGAACAACUUAGAUGUGAUUAUUACAAGAAUAAAAGAGACCGUGAGGGUCGUCAGGACUGUGGCAAUUGUUGGAUACGGAAAUACGGUGCAGUAGUCAUGAGGAAUGUGUGAAUGUGCUCAUACAUUUUCGACUUAAAUACUAAAAAAGGUGUCAACGAAAAUAUUAUUGUUAUUCUGACCACUCGACGGCGCGACUGUCCUAACGAGAAGGGAGCCAAACAAAACGUGUGCUAAAGAUAUAAAUUGUGAUCUCAAAUAACAGUUUAGGUAUGAGUCAGGCAGCUCCGCCGUAACGAUCGUCACGUUCAACAAAUUAAAUAAAUAACUACCACACGAAAUUGUCGUUUGGUUUGGCCACGUCACGCCACGUCACGUCACGCCACGCCACGCCACGCCACGCUACGUAAUUGUAUUGUUAGCAUCCAAAAGACAUUUUGUUUUAUUUUUCGUCCAUUACUUUAUUUAAGACAAAUCACGGCUGUAAGGUUGUGAAUUGAUAUCGUUAUAAAUAUAAUUAAUUGUUCGUUUAAAAUUAUAUGUGAUGAAAAUUACUGUGGUGAAUUAUUAUCGAGUGAAUGAAUGCGCGACUGCAGACAGUACAACUCGAACAAGCUCGCGGCGGCCGGCGCUGCGUUGCUCUAUAGAACUAUAGGAAAUGUCCAACCGUUACUUAUGUGUGUAUAGCUGUGGUCAACUCGCGUCUCAACAAGUUGCCGGUUCGUAUUUAAUAUCAGACUCUAUGAGAAUAUAUUUAGACGAUUACAGAUUAAAUUUGUUGAACAGUUAAAUAACCUUCGUUUUUAAUAGUAAAAUAGUAUUCAAUGUUUCCGUGUUUAUGUUAGUGACAUUUUUAAGAAACUCCGCGCUGACAUUUGUUGUCAUUUUAACUGUUAUGUCGACAAGUUCUGAGACGUGAAGUAAGAGUCAAAACAAAAAAAAAGUAUUAUUGGAAUUGUUAUCUCGUUUAUACACAAAUAAUGUACAAUAAGUAUCAAGAAACUGCCAUAUUAAUAUCCUCAAAUAUAUAUUAAAAAAUAUAUAUCCAAUUAUUAUUAAAUUGACCGGGUAUGUUUGGGUGCGUGUGAAGAUACAAGAUCUCAUGUUUUAAUUAAAUUUAAGUUUUAAUUUAAGUAAAGGAAUGGUUGCUCGGCACAAACGUAAAUAAGGCCUCGCCGCUCGACAUUAUCUUUUCAUAUGUUAUUAUUAUUGUGAUUGGGGCACGUUAUCGAAAGCAAAGCGCAAUAUGAAAACGCUUUUCAAAAUUUAACACUAAUUUUCUUAUAACGCUUAUUGAUAUUAUUUGCGACUAUAGACUACACGCUAGACGCGUUCGGUAUAUGUAGAUGUAAACGUGUCUCUAGAUGAAUUACAAAGCGUAAUAUGUACUAUAUCGAAUAAAAAGGGCAGUCAUAAUUGUGCCAGUCUGUGUACACACAGGCUGUUAGAUUACUUACUGUUCCCGACCCGAAAAUUGAAUAGUGUAAUACGUACCUAAGGGUAAAUGGAUAACAAUAAGCAUUAGCCGAGCUAAAAAGCUAAUAGUUAACAGUUUUAUGCGUACAGCAGUCUCUCAGCGCGCUCGUAGAGGCUGGUGUUGCUCUACAAAGCGUCGAGGAAGUUUCGAAGUGAUUUCUUAAAAGGCGUAUUAAUCUCUUGACGUAUUAUGUGCAAGUACAAAAAAAUCUUCAACUAAUUAGCCAUAGUACUGGGCAAGAAAUAAUGCACAUCGACCUCUAGAAAGAGACAUUCGGCUAAUUUCGGCUUUGUAGAGCGUUGUUACUUUCUCCCGAAAUACUAAAUGUCUGGUAUCUAUUAAGAGCUGUUAAAAUAAUUAUUGUGAGUUGCUUAUUUUGAUUAUUCUUUUUAUUUUAUUUUUUAUAAAACAUUUUUUUUCUUUAUGUUAUUUUUAUAAAAUAAAAUAAAAACAUAUAUGUUUACGCAUUGAUUUAUUUAUUUUGAAAAGUGAUAUAUUCUGACAAAACAAUUGUAAAACCUCAAUUCCUUCUGAUUCAUUAUCAGUGGUCUUAAUGAAGUCAAUAUAAUUGUCGCCUUCAGCCGUAUUUAUUACCAGUCUAUCAGUUUAAUUAUCU